CCAUGGCUAUCGGGUUAUCAGCAUGACUAAAAUCGUCAUCGUCCCCCCCACCCUCGUCACCCUUGGGCAAAGUGGUUAAUUAAGCAACUCUGGUAGCUCACCUCGCUAGUUCUAACCGGCCUGACAGACUCCACUUGGGAUGAGUUGGCAACCUUAGGAUGAUCCUUAGCUGUCGGCCUUUCAGGUUUCUCUCCAAUUGCCCCUUAUUAUUGGGCUGUACCCAUGCCAAAAAGACCGAAUUUCCCCUGACCACUGCCAAUGAGACGUUCUGGAAUCGCCCGCCUACCUCAACCCCUCCGCCACAUCAUCUCAGUGGAUCUCGAUCGCCGGUUCCUGUCGUCCUCCCUCGGGGCCUCGAGGCCUCCUCGCACUCCACUGUUUGGACUGGUCACAAUCGGGUCGGAUGCCUCGUGCGACCGAUGGGAGAGCCAAGGCCCCCAAAUGUGACGAGGGCCUAAAGCGUACAUCUGGGUGGAUGAAUAGGUCGUGCCUGCAGCACAUGCGCUGC